AUGGCCAGUUCCAUCUGUUGUGAAUAUUGGAGAAGGUACGUCUGGAUUAUACCUUGUUUUAUCGCCGUUUUACAAUCCACUGCGGCUGUUACUCAUUAUUCUGUCCCAGAAGAGCUUGAACAAGGUUCUGUUGUAGCAAAUCUUGCAUCAGAUUUGGGACUAGAUGCGAAGACGUUAGCUCAGCGUAAAAUACGCUUGGAGACAAUCGCCAACAGGAAAUAUCUGGACGUGAACAAAGAAACGGGCGAGGUGUUCAUUGCUGAAAGAAUCGACAGAGAGUCUCUCUGCCCCGCGAAGACAUCGUGCUAUCUGAAAAUGGAAGCAAUAAUUGAAAACCCGAAACGGAUAUUUUACAUUGAGUUAGAGGUGAUGGACAUAAAUGACAACGCACCUCAUUUUCGGAGAGACACAAUCGAUUUGGAUAUUUCAGAGGCUACGCAGGCAGGGGAGCGUUUUUCUGUGAGCAAUGCUGUUGAUCCUGACGUUGGAUCUAACUCAGUGAAAACAUACCACUUGAGUGAGAGUGACUUUUUCACAAUCGAAAUUCAGACUGGAAGAGAUGGUUCAAAAUUUGCCGAUCUGAUCCUGAAAAAGAGUUUGAACAGAGAACAGCAGGCGGUUCAUAAUUUGAUACUGACGGCAGUCGAUGGUGGGAUGCCUUCUUCUUCUGGAACUGCCAGCAUUAUUGUUCACGUUUUAGAUACAAAUGACAAUGCUCCAGCAUUCGAAAAAGACAGCUACCAAGUUAAAGUGUUGGAAAAUUCACCAAUUGGGAGUCUAGUAAUUCAUCUCAAUGCGACAGAUUUAGACGAAGGGUCAAAUGCUGAUUUGCAAUACUCAUACAGUCUGUAUACAUCAGAGAAAGCUCAAGAAACCUUUUAUUUAAAUCCAAUCACGGGUGAAAUUACUGUAAAGGGAAUGUUAAAUUAUGAAGAUGUCAAGUUGUAUGAUAUGGAAAUUAUAGCCACUGAUAAAGGAGAUAGUGUACUUUCAGGACAAUGUAAACUCAUAAUAAAUGUGGAGGACAUGAAUGACAACCACCCAGAAAUAUCUAUUAAAUCUUUUAAGAGUCCAGUGAAUGAAAAUAUAGAAUUGGACACAGUUAUAGCUGUAGUUAGUGUUAGUGAUAAAGACUCAGGUGAUAAUGGCAUCGUUGAUUUAAAGAUUCCUGAAAAUAUGCCUUUCAAACUGAAGGAGUCCUCUGAUAACUAUUAUGAAUUAGUGGUGUCGGAGUCAUUAGACCGUGAGAAAGUCCCAGAAUAUGAUAUCACGUUCACUGUCACAGACAGAGGCUCUCCUCCUUUAUCUGACAAUGAAACUAUGACUUUAGAGCUGCUGGAUGUCAAUGACAAUGUUCCACAGUUUCCACAGUCAUUUUAUACCAUACGUGUAAUGGAGAAUAAUGCACCUGGAGCCUUGCUCAGCUCCCUCACGGCCUUUGACCCUGACCUUCAUGAAAAUCAGUAUCUAGUUUACUUCAUCAUAGAGAAGGAGAUAGCCAACACCUCCAUGUCCAUGCUGUUCUCCAUCAAUCCAGAGAACGGGAAUCUUUAUGCACUGAAAACUUUUGACUAUGAGAUUGAGAAGGAGUUUCUUUUCCACAUCGAGGCCCGAGACUCUGGCUCUCCUCCACUCAGCAGCAAUGUGACUGUUCACAUCAUUAUUGUGGACCAGAAUGACAACGCUCCAGUCAUUGUCUCUCCGUGGCGUGCUCACGGCUCAGUGGUGGAGGAAAAGAUCCCCAGAUCCACUGAUAAAGGCUCCCUGGUGGCCAAAGUCAUCGCUUUGGACACAGACUCAGUGCACAACUCUCGGAUUACCUACCAGUUUCUCCAGGUGACUGACGCCACCUUGUUCAGUCUGGAUCAAUACAACGGAGAGAUCCGGACCAUGAGGAUGUUCAGCUACAGAGAUCCACGCCACCAGCGGCUGGUUGUUGUUGCCAAGGACAACGGGCAGCCUGCUCUGUCUGCUACAGUCACCAUCAAGCUGUCCACAGUGGAGACUGCAGUGAAGGCCUACUCUGACAUGACUGAGAUGCCUCUGGAAUAUGACAUCUUCUCAGACCUCAACCUGUACUUGGUGAUCGGUCUGGGUUCAGUGUCCUUUCUGCUGCUCAUCACCAUUCUGGUCACCAUCGUGCUCAAGUGUCAGAAACCCAAGCCCAGCAAAACAGCUGCUCCCUGCAGGAACAGUGUGAUCAGUGAGCGGAACUCCACCAUCGCUGACUCCACUCUGGUGUCCAACGACGCCUACUGGUACAGUCUGUUUCUGGCCGAGACCCGGAAAGGAAAGCUGGUGGUCAGACAGCCUAUGCCCAAGGGCUCCAGAUACAUCGUGUCCAGCAUCCCGAGAGGGACAGGACUGACUGACACAAGUGACUCAGCAGCAUCCACUCUGCAGGUAUGAAAUGAAGUU